AUGGCCACGCCGGCAACCCAAAAGCCCCAGACCCCGAAGCAAAUAAUGCUCCUCACCAAGCGUCUGACAGUCUUCCUCUCGCAAAACACCUCCCCCGCCCUGCCGACCCUCCUCCUCCUCUCUCCCACGGGAAAACUGCUCUCCAGCUCGAGCCCAUCCCCAGCCUCGACCCUGCGCACCCAAGCCACGCUCGCCUGCUCCCUAUGGAUGCUCUACCAGCCAACGACCUCGUUGCUGCCAUCGGCGCUGCCAUCAUCACACACAUCAACGCACGCUCAGCUCCAAACGGGGCACGGGGGAGCGCAGGGCCGGGAAGGAGGGAGCAGCAGUUCGGGCGCGGGCGCGGGCGCGGGCGGGAGCACAGCCGGGAAUCCGGACAGAGAGAGGGACGUGGAGGGCGCGGACGACGGCCUAAGCACCGUGACGAUCCAGCUCAGUAACGGGGUCAUGAUCAUCCGCUCCCUCAGCUGUGGCCUUUUGUUCGUCGCGAUUGGGCCUGCGCCUGCUUCUGCUGCGGGCACGGCGCCGGGAACGCCGAGUUUGAAUGCGGCGCAGGGUGCGGGUGUUCAGCAGAUCGCGUUGUCGAGGCAUGCGAGUCCGUCGGCCUCGCCGCCAGGGGAUGAGGAGGGCAGGGAGAGGGAGGUUUCGGGGUUGCUGGCUGUGGGAAGUGCAGUGAUGAGUGAUGCGGGCAGCAUACGGAGCUCGAGUACGAUACGGACGGGUGGUUUGUUGGGGAUCAAGAGGCAGGCAAUGGAGGUGGGGAGGUGGUUAGAUGGGCAGCUUGAAGGGUUUAGGUUGGGGAGUGCGGAGGGGAGGUGA